UUUUCAUUCUUUACACAUAUACCAGUCGGACUCGGCAACUUCCCCAAAACACACCACCACCGGUCAACGCUUUGCUAAUAGAACCAGCAAAAAGAUAGAAAUUGUAACUAUGGAAGGAAAUGGGACUGACCCUCAAUCUGUUGAGAUAGAUAGAAACCCUGGGGUUUCUGAUCAAUUGAAAAACCUACAAAUCAACAACAAACAGCAAGAUGAUGAUCAUGUCUCGUCUCAAGAUAGCUAUGACACGGCAAUCUCGCUUUCACCUCCUGAAAAGAAAGAUGAUGAUGGAGACCAAGGGGAUGUGUUAGUAGUAAAUGAAUCACAAGAAACUGCCAAGAAGAAAAAAAGGAAAAACAAAAGCAAAAAAAAGAAAGAACCCCUUCAGCAGACUGAUCCGCCAUCCAUCCCUUGUACUAGAACUUUUCCCAUCUGGGAUUUCCCUGAAGGCGAAAUUCAAGAUUACAAAGACGAGAAGCUGGGAUAGAUGUACGGCUUUGUGAUGUUGGUGCUGCAAUCCAAGAGGUCAUGGAAUCAUAUGAAGUGGAGAUUAAUGGAAAGAUAUUCCCUCGUAAGAUUUGAAUAUCAAAAUUCAGUGAAAAGCAUCCGAAACUUGAAUGGACAUAGUAUUGGAAGAUAUCUGAUUCAUGGUGGUCCUAGUGGUAAAUCUGUCCCAAUUGUAAAAGGAGGGGAACAAACAAAAAUGGAGGAGGGCGAAUUCUUAGCAAUUGAAACUUUUGGAUCGACAGGGAAAGGGUAUAUGUUAGAGGAGAUUUGGAGUGCAGUCACUAUAUGAAAAAUUCUGAUGCGGGGCACACACCACUAAGGCUACCUAGAGCGAAGCAACUGCUAGCAACUAUCAACAAGAAUUUCUCAACAUUGCCCUUCUGCAGACGUUACUUGGACUGACUUGGGGAGUCUAAUUACUUAAUGGCAUUAAAGAACCUAUGGGACAAUGGCAUUGUUCAGGUAUAUAACUUGCUUUCCAUCGUUAACUCUGACAACUUCAUGUUUUGGGAAGGUUCUAUUGGUUCCCGUCCUGUCAUUAACAUUACCAGUGCAUCAAUUCAUUGUUUGUUUUUUCCUCUCUUUUUUCCCCCUUGGCCCUGUCCCCCUCUGUGCGACAUCAAGGGAAGCUACGUAUCUCAGUUUGAGCAUACCAUCUUACUACGCCCAACUUGCAAAGAAGUGAUAUCUAUAAGAGCGUGUUUGUUUGAGGCCCAUGUCUUUGUUCUGGACUUGUAAUAACCGUAGUAAACCAAUUAACUUCAUACAGUAGGUGUAGAAAUCUCAGUGGAAGAAGCUAUGUAUAUCUGAAUGGUCCUAAUGAAGUUGUUCUGUUAUUUGCAAGUUUUUGUCAAUAUAUUAAUGUUGGAAUCACAAUGCUCGUAUAAUGAGUUUGUUGUA